UCCGGAUUCAUUGGGACACAUUUCAACAGUCUUGACGGUAUCUCACAGCUCCAGCGGCAGGGAAACACACCCGUCAGCAGCGCGCAUUGGAGACAAAAAAAAAAAAAAAAAGCGCAUCACGGACAAAGGAAAUAUGGGUGCGCUGGAGAGGAUUCACCAUAGCCGGGUACCACAAUGGAUGAGCCGCUUCUGUUUCAUUUACCGGGAGACCAAUUAGCCCACCUUAAUGAGGUGCUGGGAUGCAAGAUACUGCAAGCUAAAAAGGCGGAAGGCUGCGUUUAAUCCGUCUGCGGAUCCUAUGAGCUUGCGAUGGCUGUGGCGGGGAUAUGCAACUGGAUAGGGAAUAAUGUGCCUUUUUAUUUUGUGAUAUUUUCCUUAUUUUGUGGCCUUUCUUUUGGACAGUUGCGAUAUUCUAUUACAGAAGAACUAGAAAAUGGGGCACUGGUCGGUGAUCUGGCGCAUGACUUGGGGAUGGAUAUUCGAAAGCUCUCCACCCGUAAAAUUAAGGUAACCUCCAACAGCGGGAAACGCUACGUGAUUGUCAACCCCAAAAAUGGGAAAUUACUUGUCAAUGAAAGGAUUGACAGGGAGGCACUGUGCGAUUUAUCCAGCACCUGCCUCAUUAAUCUGGAGGUGAUGGUCGAAAAUCCCAGUGAGAUGCACCACGUCGAGGUGGAGAUUGUGGAUGCCAAUGAUAAUGCGCCGCAGUUCCCCAGAGACGAGUACCAACUGGAAAUCACAGAAUCUGCUUUACCAGGGUCUCGUUACCCAAUUGAAAACGCUCAAGAUCCAGACAUUGGGUCAAAUUCAGUCCGUAUGUAUCAGCUUAGCACAAACGACCAUUUCGCGCUGGUAUCUAACAAACCCUCCCUCAAUACAAAGCACAUCGAGCUUGUGCUCAAAAAGCCCCUUGACCGUGAACAAACGCCUUACCACCAGUUAAUUUUAAGUGCUGUGGAUGGUGGGACACCUGAGAAGACAGGCACGGCUAAAAUCAACGUCCGGGUCUUGGACUCUAAUGACAAUAUUCCCACGUUCGACAACUCAGUGUACAAGGUGAAACUCUUGGAAAAUUCACCCAAAAACACCCUCGUCAUCAAACUGAACGCGACUGAUCUGGAUGAGGGCACAAACGCAGAGGUUUAUUACUCUUUCAGCAGCUACACUCCAGAGAGAGUGCGGCAGAUGUUCAGCAUGGACACCAACACAGGAGAAAUAAGAGUGAGGAACAAUGUUGACUAUGAAGAGACCAACUCCUAUGAGAUGUACAUCCAGGCGAUGGACAAGGGCCCUGGGGCUGUGGCCUCCUACUGUAAGGUAGUGGCGGAGGUGGUGGAUGUGAAUGACAACAUCCCUCAGAUAGUGUUGUCAUCUCUGUCGAGCCCCGUUAGGGAGGAUGCCCGUGCAGACACAGUCGUGGCCCUCAUUAGUGUUACUGAUCGAGACUCUGGCGCGAACAAGCAGGUGACCUUAGAGAUCCCAGCAGGCCUUCCUUUCAAGAUCAAGUCAUUUAGAAAUUACUACACUCUGGUCACCUCAGCCUUCUUGGACCGCGAGACCACUGAUGCCUACAAUGUCACUCUGAGUGCCACAGAUGGAGGAAACCCCCCACUUUCCUCCCAGAAGACCAUACAGGUGGAUGUGGCUGAUGUUAAUGACAACCCACCGCGAUUUGAACAGACUUCGUAUACCGUCUACGUGGCUGAGAACAAUGCCCCCGGGGCGUCUUUGUGUACUGUGAAAGCUCAAGAUGCGGACAUUAAAGAGAACGCACGCAUCACCUAUACAGUGCUCAAUGACAACAACCAUGGCAUCCCUGUCACCUCGUAUGUGUCUGUGAAGGCCGAUACAGGGGAGGCUUAUGCCCUGCGAGCCUUUGACUAUGAGUCACUGAGAGAGUUUCACUUCCAGGUCAAAGCCCAAGAUGGGGGCAUUCCCCCGCUCAGCCGCGUCGCCACUGUCUACAUCUACAUAAUGGAUCAGAAUGACCAUUCACCAUUAAUAGUAAACCCUCCCGGCAAUGGCACACGCUCGUUGGAAACGGUUCAAAAGAAUGCAGAGCCUGGUGCCUUGGUGACUAAAGUGGUGGCAUAUGAUGCAGACGCUGGUCCAAAUGCCUGGCUCGUGUACGUACUGGAGACAGCCACUGACCUGGACUUGUUCAAAGUGCACGAACACACCGGUGAAAUCAGGACCACUCGGAGGAUCCUGGAGGACAACUUCACCUCCUUUGCUCUUACCGUUGUAGUGAAGGACCAUGGGCAGCCUACCCUCUCCUCCACCGCCACCAUCAACGUAGCCGUCAUGGAAGUGCCACCCAAAGUGGCUCCCGACCCCAAGAGGAUCAUCCGACCUCACAGCACGCUGCUCUUCUCCAACGUGACCCUCUACUUGAUCGUAGCUUUGAGUGCCACCACCUUUGUUUUCCUGGUCACUGUUGUGGUGCUGGCUAUCGUACGCUGUCAUGCCUACUGCACCCAGCCUGGGUCCUGCUCCCCUUGCUGUGUGUCACAGAAGCCCCCUCCAGAUGGUGGGAGCAGCAGCGUGAGUGCUGGUGGGGCAGGCGGCGGUGGGGCCGCAGGACAACCUAAUAACAAUGUGGUGCUUCGGAGAGACCUCAAAGUGGAGCCUCAUUACAUCGAAGUGCGUGGGAAUGGCUCCCUCACAAAGACUUACUGCUACAAGACCUGCCUGACAGCCACCUCUGGCAGUGACACUUUCAUGUUCUACAACACAGGACGUCCCAUCAGUGGCACCUGGGGCAGUGGUGCUGACCGCUUCUUCACAAGUGGAAGUGGAUUUGUACGCAGACUGAGCAUGCCUGAUGCCUCACUGCAGCUCUGCCCAGAGCCAAAAGCCCCGAAUGCUGACUGGCGAUAUUCUGCGUCUUUGAGGGCAGGGGUGCAGAGUUCGGUCCACAUGGAGGAGUCCUCUGUGAUGCAGGGAGCACAGGGGAUGCUUGUCCAGAACUGGCCAACUGUGUCCAGUGCUGCAGAUGGAGAAGGGGGUGGAGAGCUAUCACCCCCAGUGGGCGCUGGAGUUAACAGCAACAGCUGGCACUUCAGAUAUGGUGCCCAACAAAGCUAUGGCCCUCCUCAAGCUCUGAAACCUGGAGAGAUUCCUCCUGAAGCCUUUAUCAUUCCCGGAUCCCCAGCCAUCAUUUCUAUCCGCCAUGACGCCGGCCCUGUGGAUGACAAAGGUGACUUCAUAAGCUUUGGCAAGAAGGAGGAGGCCAAGAAGAAGAAAAAGAAGAAGAAGGACAAGAAGGACAAGAAGGAUAAAGGAAAGGAUGACGGGGGGGACGAUUAGAGGAGAAGGGGUGACUUGAAAACAGAGCUACCAACAAACUACCAUCCCAAUUACAGAGCCAGAAAAAAAGCCAAAUGCAUAUUUUAGAACCGAGGGGGGCCUCCUUGCACGAUAUUUGCAUAGACACUGUACAGUGGGCAAACCCUCAUUAGACCAGGCCUGGCUUCCCAGACCAUGUGAACUUGCAAAAUAAACGUUUCUCUCUCCUUUCUUGGCUCAUUUAGCCGAUAACUUUAGCCUAUAAAGGUUCAUGGUAAACGAAUAGACAGACUUCAUUUAAAGGUUGGACCAAAUUAAUACAGAAAGGAUUUUAUUGGAUUAGAUUAGCCUUUCUGUGAUUUACUGCGCCCCCUGCCCCUCAGUUUGUAUAAUAAAAACAAAAACACCUGAAAAGGUGUACUAUUUGUAUCUGACCAUUGUCAGCUGAGGCUGCCUCUGUUGGCAUCUCUGUCUUUAUGCAGUCCCCUUCCUUUUUGGCUCACCUAGUUAGAGGUGAAAUUAAAGCCAAACUACAAAAAAAAAAUUAUAAUAAACAGGCUUUUGUCUUCAGCAUCAUGGAGGCCUUGUAGAAAUUCAGAAAAUGUGGUCUUUUGUAUAAAAAGAAAAACGCGAAAAAUGAAAAAGUAACAACAUACAGUAUAUGUACCAUGAGAUUAGCACCUUGAAGACAACGAGGUGACUGAGACAAGCAGGACCACACUCGAGUAAAUAGCUCUGUUUCAGUGUAACAUAGCACAUUGCAGAGGCUGAGGACCUGGACUGGGUUGCACCAACUAUGCGCAAGUUUGUUCCCAGGUUAGGGCAUAAAAUAGUGGCUCCAUCACUGCUAGUUAAUUUGCAAUCAGCAAGUUACGAAAUGCGAUUGUACCAUGGGUAGUAAGGGUGGAAUUCUACAGCUGUAGCUAUUUAUAACAUUUAGAUUUCAGAUGAGUAGCCAAUCAGUAAUAGACUUACCUGGCUGAUGGGUACAAACCAUAUGGAUUUGUAGUUGACUAGAUUGGGAUAAAAUUUACGAUUGGUAUAUAGAGUCCAUAUUUGACUCUUAAAGGACAGUACUAGUUUUUGCAUGUUUUAGUCCAUUCUCUACUAAUCUUAUCACAGAUGUGUUUGGGGAUUUUUUUUUCCCCCACCUUCAAGGCAGCCAUUGUUUUUACACGGAAAUAAAGAAUCGAAACAGUUUAGGAGUUUACGUCACAGUCAUGUUUGGCUAAAUAAAAAACAGAUUUAUGGGAUUAGUAAGAUUCUGCCUGGAAAAAAAACUGAAAAAUAUAAAAACUCAAUUGGAAAAUCGGUCAUCAGUAAUGUGUAAUUUGUAGACAAUGGGUGGAAACAUCCAAAAUUACUGCUAUAGUCCUUUAAGUUGCAAAAUGGCAUGGAAUUACUAAAGACAAAAAAAAUUCUAAUAAUAAUACACCGUGUGCGGAAAAAGAAAAAAAACAAAAAAGAAAGAAAAAAAAAUCCUGCUUUACUGUUAGUGAGUGCAGUCGUGUGACUUUGUAUCAUUUGCACCCGCUUUAUUGCUUGCUUAACUAUUUAGUUGUUACUUAAGGUUACGUAACAGAUUUUUGUGGUGCUUUCCGCUUGUGUUUUAGCAAAGCGUGAAUCGGGAUUAGUGGCUACUUCGGAUAUAACUAGGGAACCUACGUGCAGCUGUUGCAACCGGCCCCUGACCCUGUCUCAUCUCUUCGAAUAUGGCACAGGUCAAUGGGGUCUUUAAUCCCACUGUGUAUCAGCACACCCAGUCUGACAUACACAUUAUUGUACACAAACACUGACUCUCUCUGCCUCUUACUCACAUGUACACACAAGCAAACACACACGCUCUUUCUUGCUCUCAACACAAACACACCAAACUAUAAGAUUUCUAGAAACCCCAACUCUAAGACUUGAAGUGCCAUCCUUAAUCUGGGAGUGUAUUAUAUGGCUGGGACGCAGGAAAGUUGCUUGUUGCUUCAUUUCUGUUCAAGCCUGAUCCCUGUACUUCUGUCUUUGAAUGUUAAGUAGUUGUUCUUCAAGCCCUGCACCACUGCCUCGACUGCUUCAGUGCUUGUAGGAUUUGCUUGCCCUUUGCCUGUUUCCUCCCUCUAGUCCUGUUUCUUCAAAUCAAACAUGGUUGGACGACAUCUUUCAAGUCACUCUCCUUCGAUGAACUGUGCUGUUGUAACACAGUAACAUUUGUGUAUUUGCAUAUAAACACACAGAAUACACACAUACAGUUAGACACUUGUACAUAUUCUACAUGCACCAAACACACACACACACAAAACAGAUCUUUCGUUAGCCAGAGUGUCUCUUCUGAUUGCUCAUUGUUGACAGCUCUGUCAUCAUUUGGUUCUACGCAUUGCAUCGUAAGGACAUCUGGCAGGUUAGAAAAAACUGAGAUCACGUUGUUCUGGAUAUAAUUCGACAAGAUAGAGAGGCAAAAGAUAGAAGUCAUUGUAGUGUAUGGUGUCGAUAAAAUUACAACCGAGUAAACUGGGAAAGUUAUUCCUCCUUUUCAACGAGCAGAGGUACUGCAGUUAUGUGUGUGUCGGCCAUUAGUGACAGCUGAUCAACCGGGGUCGGCGAAAAACUAUUUAGAAAAUAAGCAAAGCGCAGUUAGCAGCAGUAGAAAGAGGUUGGCUGUUAACUUGGAAGUGGUUGGGGGGGCUCCACUUGGGGAUUAAUGAAGGUGACUCACACUGUUGGCACUGCUUACUGUGCAGCAGUGUAAGGUAACAACGUGACGGAAGAAGGGAAGAUGAUACCAGCAAGCAAGCAAAGAUCAACAAUCAGACCUGGAAAGACCUUUAAAAUUCUACAUUUUUCUUGCUUAAUAGCUGCGCACAAACAUCAGAAAUAGUGCCGCUGGGAGAAACUCGCAAAAUGCAGUGACCCAGAGUGUGAAGUGUGUGAAAUGAUCAGCUUAAUUUGGCCCUGACAUUGUGAAACCCAGGUCUAACGCUGUAGAGGAAAGGUAGAUAUGGGAACAGCAUCAACAUGAUGAAAAGUGUCAUAAAAUCUCACCUUAGUGUUCCUUUUUUGUUAGACUAUCGUCUUACCAGUCACAGUAGAGGUAUGUAGGUGCUGCUAUCAGGCUCAAUCCAUCCGAUGCAUAUGUUUCCUUCCCCCCCUCUGCCCCGUCCUUCAGAUGUACUUCUGUGCUGUCAGAUCACCAAGUGGCUGUUUGCAUGUUAUAAGCAAAGGAAACAGAUACUAUAUAAAUACUAUAUAUACAUAGAUAUGUUUUUCCACUGGGAAAUGCGUAUUGGAUUAAAUAUACCUCUGAUACACAUUCUCAAAGACAAUACACAUUGAAAGACCCACACUCAUCCACACACAUACAUACAUAUACUCUAUUGCGAACAGUAACUUGUGGAAAAACCUUAAAAGAAUCACAUUUUUUAUCCUGUUGAAAUUGAAUUUAAUCUUCUAGAUAUACAUAAUGCUAUUGUGUUAUGCUAUGAAAUGCUUUUUUUCUCCCCCCUGUUUUUACCCGUUAUGAUUUUCAUAGAUGCAGAAAAAAAAAACAGUCCUUAAAGUUGUGUUAAGCUUCGAAAUGAUGAAUCAAACAAACACGAUUGUGAAAUCAAAUCAUUUGCUCACCCUUCAUAUCUAUCCCUCGAACAGUAGAGAAAAAUAAAGAAGAAAAAAAAAAGAUAAAACGAAGAAAAAAAAAUUCAAAAUGUGUGGAAAAUGGUCUAAAAAAUAAAAGUUGAUGUAUUCUCUGCUUGUGUAUAGUGAAUGUUCCUCGGUCACUGGGUGUGGCAGCGAGUGGCACAUACCAGUGGACUGUGACAGUGCAGAUCUGUUAAUAACUUUUUUGUACACCUGCUUCAUCAUUGUAAAGGUGAUAAUAGUGAUUCUUAUGAUUUCAUCAAUCUGGUAAUGUGUUUUGUUAAUAAGUCACAAAUAAAGUUUUUCUUAAAUAUCUUAA